AUGACUUUUAUUUUUCAGAUGGAUGUCGCCACACCGAAGGAGGACAAUGGCGAUUUUGUGUACUGUCUCUCAAGGACUCGGAAUGACCUGAGAGCUCGUUACGAUCCUUACAAUCUACAAGUUGUUCCGGCAAAAACAGCCCAAUCCUAUAAUCCAUACUGGACAAUCAGUUCAUCCCAUGUUUCCAAGGUCAGCUCCCUGACUGAAAAAGAUGGGAUAGAAACCAUUUCGGUAUCGGAUUGGUUGAUGGAACGAUAUCUUUUCUACAAGAUUCAUCAACUGCCUGUCUUUGUGAAGUUCAGAAUGACUAUGGUGAAGCAGCUGUUUUUUGCCGAUGAGAUCUUCCUGCGCUGCCUGUAUUAUGUCCAGGCAUUGUGUGAAGCCGCCAGCUCAAGCAACGGAGGUCUAGGAACUGGAGAGAGUGCCAUUGUUUUUGUGAAAUUGGACAGAAAUAACUCCUAUUCCUGCGAGGAGUUUGCCAAAAUCCAGAGUGAGCAGCGUAAAUAUGCACUGAAACAGCUUUGCGAUCUCAGAUACAAGAUAAUUCAGUCUGUCAAAGAGACCUGUUUGCAGAAAGCCACAGCAGCAGGAUUCAGCAAGUUAUUCACAGCAGAGCCCAGCGAUUUGAGUGAGAGGCCGACAUUUACCGAGAUUGUGGAGUCAAGACCCCUCCUCAUGGUGUUCAUCAGGUUCCUGAAGCUGGUGGAUCAUCUCUUCCAAGGGCUUCUCUGCCGACUGGUGAAAACCGCAGUCCGGCUAUUACUUAAAGGCCUGACUGCUUCCUACGCAGUGACCUCAACAGAUGCAAGAAGGAACGAGGAGCUGCUAAGCACACUCCCGCAUCAAAUAAGGGUACACCUGGACAGGCGCCUCCGUAAUAUGCAGGGUGAUUCAGAGACCCCUUCUCAGGACCACAAAACAGACCAUGGGGUCAACACAACUGAGAGUGAGCCUGAGGAGCUCUCUGACCAGAGUGCAAUGGAUAUAGACCAGGUACUCCAAGAUAUUAAACAAACAAAGGCGGUGAAGGUGGCACCAAUGUUCUUCGUAAAUUUGAUGCUCGACAUUCCAUCUAAACGUAUAAUCCCUCCUCGAGGCAGCACAAAGGCUAAAUGCCGAGCCCGUAACCAAGUGUGUCAGACAGCUAGAGCCAGGUUAUCCUUUGACCGUUUACAGAUUUCUAAUGAAUCAAGGGAUAUGGAUUGCACUCUUCAGGACACCUCAGAAAGUGAAGCUGACAUUCAGGAAGAGAUGGAAGAUGGGUCUGAAUAUAAGAAACUUGCUCGAUAUAUCUUGUCCCCGACUUCAGAAGACCUAUUGACACAAAUGCAUAACAUAGUCAGAGUGCUGGAAGAGAUUGUUGCUAAGCUGGUUGCCUUCACCGAUGAGCCUCGCUUGUCCAUGUUUAACUCACGGUCUGUUUACGAACUGAAGCUCUCUGGUGAUCAGGAACUGGAAGUAAAGAGGACAAGGCAGCUCUCACUCAAUGCCAACAUACUGUUUGGCCAAGAUCCAGUCUACCAACAACAACUCACUAAACUGCAGAACUUGAUAAGUGCCUCAAUGGUGGAAGUCACACGGUACAGCAGAACCUUUGAGCACUACUGUGUUAUGGUGGAUCAGGCCAUGGACCUGGACCUUGAGGCUUUAAUAAGGCAGCAGGAGUGGAGCCCGUUGGAAUUCAGGAGCAUGUUGGAGGUGUACACAGAACACAUCAUGGAUAUAAGAAACAUGACGGUGGAGAGACGGGUCCGUUUGGUGAAGGUGCUGAGCCAGCAGUACCAAAUGGACUGCUUGCCCUAUUUGGAAGUGGUGAUCCACCAAUUGCAUUCCCACCUGAAGAGCACUGCCUACAAGAAGUCUGGCGGGCUGCUAAAUGUAAUUGAAGAAGCUCAGAAGAAGCUCAGUAAGGAACCAGAAACCUUAGACAUGUUUGGGGAACACCUGCUGUUCCUUUCUCAAAUGGAGGUAGAAUUGCCCAGAUUGGAGAGAGAGUUUCAAACCGUGACUCAGCUGUACGGUAUUGCCAAGGAGUAUGGUGUCUCCAUCCCUCCUGAGGAAGUGGCACUCUAUCAAAUCCUGGUCCCAACCUUCCACAGCCUGAAAUCCAACAUCCUCUACUUUGAGGCCAUAAAAGAAAGCAACAUCAAAAAAUUCAGUGCAGACCUGGAGAGAGACAUCAGUAACCUUUACUAUGAUCUAACGCAAGUUAAGUAUAAGGUGAGAAAUCCCACCCUUCUCCUGGCUGAGACGAGCCCACACAAAGCCCUGGAGGCCAUCGAUGCUCUGAUGCUGGAAGUCUCCUCAAUUGCCGGCAGGGCACGAACCUACAGCAACUACCACGAUCGCUUCUGCAGCUCGGGUGGCACAGACAGCUCCAUCAUCAGCACUUUUGAGUCAGUGCAGAAGAGGUCGGGAGGGAUGAGCAGUCAGCCACUGAAAGCCCUGCUGUCUGAGACUGAGUACGAGUUGAUGCUGAGGAAGCUGCUGUGGGAAUCGGAGAGUGAAUGGGAGAAGCUGUAUGCCAGCUGGACUGACACCUGGUUCGAUGAACUGAAUGUAGAUGCUAUUCGUAAGGACGUCAACAGAUUCACGCAGACAAUAUACUUGCUGGAGAAAGGAUUGCCACCAAAUGAUAUAGUUCCUCUUCUGAAGCAAGCAGUCUUUGACUUUAAGGAGAUGCUGCCGGUCAUCGUGGCCCUGAGGAAUCCCUGGCUGGAAUCCCAGCACUGGGACACCAUUGAGUACACAGUUGGACGCUCAAUCAAGGAUAAACACCUGACGCUGGAGAGUUUCAUGAAGCUCAGGGUGUUCCAGCACAAGGACAUGAUUGUUAAUACAUCCAGCUUAGCCGCCAAUGAGGGAACUCUGAGAAGCAUGCUGGAAAAAGUCAUUACCCUGUGGAAUCAAACCAGCUUCAAACUGGUCAGUCACCAGCUCGAGACCUCCACCGUACUGAUUAUUGGGUCCACUGAAGAGAUUAUCGCUCAGCUAGAAGAGAGUCUAAACAUCAUCUCCACCAUUAAGAGCUCCCGUUAUGUGGGACCUAUUGAGAAUGAGGUGAUUGAGUGGGACCAUAAACUGACCCAGAUGGCACUUACUUUAGAAGAAUGGAUGACCUGUCAGCAGAACUGGCUCUACCUCAAGCCCAUCUUCCAAGCACCUGACAUCCAAAGGCAACUUGUGGCAGAAACCAAACUCUUUGCCCAGAUUGAAAUGACAUGGAAUGAGUUGGUGAUGCGAGUUCAGAAGAACUCGAACAUCCUGAAGGUCACCAGUACAGCAGGGAUCUUUGAGCUCCUGCAGGCCACCAACGCCAACCUGGAGAAGAUACUGAAGUGCCUGGAGGAUUACUUGGAAGCUAAGCGGAUUGCUUUCCCACGUUUCUACUUCCUCAGCAACAACGAUCUGCUGGAUAUCUUGUCUCAGAGCAGAAAUCUUGAUGCCAUACAGCCUCACUUGGCCAAAUGCUUUGAAAACAUCAGGUCUUUGGAAAUCAGCAGUCAGUCUACCAGACCUCCCGUUGUGUUAAUGAUCAAGUCUGCAGAAAACGAAAAUCUGCCCAUGCCAAGGAAUGUUCGGAUACGGGGUCCUAUCGAAAGCUGGCUGGGAAACAUGGAAACUGCGAUGUUUGAGGCUGUGAGAAAGCACCUCCAGAUGGGAAUAACCAACUGGGCAUCAACACAGUUCAAAAAGUGGGUGCUGUCUCAUCCAGGGCAGGUGGUGCUCACUGUGAGCCAGAUAAUGUUCAACCAGGAUUGUGUGAACUGCUUCAGUGGGACUGAGCCACAAAGUCAGCUGCAGGAUGUCCACCUAGAGCUGAUGAAUAGGCUGGAUAUGUUGGCUGAGCUUGUGUGUACGCCCCUACGUGCUUCCCAGGAGAUGGUGCUGGAGAGUCUGGUGACCAUCAACGUGCACUGCCGUGACGUGCUGAGUGACUUGAUGGUUAAGAAGGUCUUCAAGGCGGAAGAUUUUGAGUGGACCAGGCAAUUACGUUAUGAAUGGAACACGCAGAACAGCUCUUGCUACGUCAUGCAAGCCAAAAGCUCCUUCAUUUAUGGCUAUGAGUAUCUCGGCUGCUCACCCCGAUUAGUAAUCACUCCACUGACUGACCGCUGCUGGCUGACUCUGACUGGAGCCCUGCACCUUAACCUCGGAGGCUUGCCAUCAGGACCGUCAGGGACAGGCAAAACAGCAACGGUCAAAGACCUCGCUAAAGCCCUGGGAAAGCAUUGUGUUGUCUUCAACUGUUCCAAAGGCCUGGAUUACAAGAUGAUGGCGAAAUUGUUCUCUGGAAUGGCUCAGUCUGGAGCAUGGAUCUGCUUUGACGAGUUUAAUCGGAUUGACGUGGAAGUCCUGUCUGUAACCGCCUCACAGAUCCAGACAAUUAAGGUAGCCAAGGACAAUUCCUUCUUUUCUUCCAGAUUUGUGUUUGGAGGCAGAGAGAUCCGGCUGAAUAUGUCCUGUGGUUUCUUUGCAACUAUGAACCCUGGGUACGAGGGACGUGUUGAGCUGCCAGACAACCUGAAGUCCCUGUUCCGACCAGUUGCCAUGAUGGUGCCUGACUCCAAGCUCAUUGCCGAAGUCUCGCUGUUCUCUCAGGGCUUUAAGUCGGCCAGGUCCCUGUCUGGAAAGGUUGUCAAUCUCUACCAGCUGGCCAGCAGGCAGCUUUCCCAGCAGGACCAUUAUGACUUUGGAAUGCGGUCCAUAAAGUCUGUGCUACUGAUGGCAGGGCAGAAGAAGAGAGCGCUGGGCACUGGAGAUACAAAGAAGUCCCUGAACCACACGGAUGAAUCACAUAUUCUCAUCAAUGCACUAAAGGAUGCGAAUCUGACCAAGUUCCUGGCUGAAGAUGUGCCCUUGUUUGAAAACAUUCUGGAUGACCUGUUCCCAGGACUGACUCCACCCAAAGAUGAAACCCUUCUGUUGCAGAAAGCGAUAGCCAUGGCAACAUCGGAGCUGGGCUUCCAGAACUGGCCAAGCCAAGUGGAGAAGAUAAUCCAGCUAUACAGUCAGAUUCUGGUGCGUCAUGGCGUGGUGCUGGUGGGCCCCACCUGUGGGGGGAAGACAGUAGCCAGAACAAUCCUGCAGAAGGCCCUGGUCAUCCUGCCAGGCCUUGUUCCAGAGGCUGCGGCUGAUGACAAACCACCCUUGAGUCCCAUAGCAAAGAGAGGCAAGGUGGAGACCUUCACUGUGAAUCCCAAGUCCAUCAGCCUCAGGGAGCUCUAUGGGUAUCGAAACCCACACACCAUGGCCUGGACUGAUGGCUUGCUGGCUCAAGCAAUGAGAAAGUUUGCCAAGGACCUAUACAAAGAGCACCGGUGGAUAGUCAUGGAUGGACCUGUGGACACUGUUUGGGUUGAAAACCUCAACACGGUGCUGGAUGACACAAAGACCCUGUGCCUGUCGAACGGGGAACGCAUCAGUUUGCUGCCUGGCAUGAGGCUCCUGUUUGAGGUGGACAGCCUUUCCCAAGCCAGCCCUGCCACAAUCAGCAGGUGCGCCAUGGUCUAUAUGGACCCAGUUGACCUUGGCUGGCAACCUUACGUGAGGAUGUGGCUGGCCCAGCUCCCAGAGCAGCUGCCUCAGGAGGGCAGAGAAUGCCUGCAGACCCUCUUCGACGAAAGCAUGUCGGCAGGUCUGCACUUCGUGAGGAGGUGGCAGAAGCUGCGCCAGUUUGCCGUGCCGGAGCUGGGCAUCGUGAUGACGCUUUGCCGCAUUCUCCAAGCUCUUCUGGACUUCCUGAGCAGGAACGACGGCUUUGGAAUUGCCGGUGGCUCUGCUCACUCUGAUGAAGAGGCCAGUGACCCUGAAGAGCUUCAGAAACCCAAAGGGCCCUCCACGAUGACCAUUCCCGAGGAAAGUCCCGGUGGACAGGACAGCAAGGCCAGCUCUGGAUCCAGGCCCGCAAAGUGGUUCCUACAGAGGCAGCCGGAGCAGCUGGCCUCACUGCUGGCAAAGCUCUACGUCUUCUCCUUUACCUGGGCGGUGGGUGGCUGCCUGAAACACGAGGAUGAUUAUGAGGAGGAUGACCUGGUUGGAAUCAGCGACAGAGUCAAAGAUGACAUGGUCGUCAAGGUCACAUUGGACUUCAACACUUUCGUCCGCAAGAUGUUCGGGGGGAAAACAGAACUCUCGGUUCAGUUUCCAGCUGGGAGGGCUACUGUCUUUGAAUACUUUGUGGAUAUGCAAACAGGGAAAUACGUCACCUGGGACAAGUUGGUUCCACCCACUCAGACACUCAUUUCAAAAGGGGUCCAGUUUGUGAGUCCUGUUGAGCCAAUAGUUUCUGGACAUACCAAAUCGAAGCCAACCACUCAAGGAGGUCUUGUGCGCACAGUAGACAGCGUGCGAUAUUCCUUCCUGGUCAGCCUGCUGCUGCUCAAUAAGUGCCCUGUGCUGCUGACAGGUGAAUCAGGCAAUGGGAAAUCUGCGCUUCUUCGGGAAGUGCUCUCCAAGCUUGAGAAACCCAAAGGCUCGUCGGUCCAGUCAGAGACCAUCCUGGGCGACAUCUUCCUUUACAAUGAGGUGAAACAUGAAAGGAUGUGGGAGAUCAGGGAGAUUUCAAGCAUCCUUGAGGACUACACCUGUGGGAAGUUUGACCAGCUGCAGCUCCCGACUGUCCGCAUGAAGCUGGAGCUGGAUACACUCAGGGUCAUCCGAGAUGCCGAGACCAUCGUAGUUUGCACUGUUCCACGUGUGGAAUUGGCCAAGAGGCACAGCACUCACGCAGAAAUCACGUCCAGCCGUGACAACAAGGAGGUGAAGUUUGCUACAGUGCUGAUGAGCACUCAGACUACUUCAGCUCAAACCCAGGCUCAGAUCCUGGCGAACCUGGUGAGGAGAAGCCGGAACAGGCGGAGCCCAGGGAGAAGCAGAAAGGUGAUUGUGUUUGUUGAUGACCUGAACAUGCCCGCUGUGGAGCAGUAUGGAGCCCAGCCUCCGCUCGAGCUGAUCCGCCAGUUCCUGGACCUUGGUGGAUUCUUCGACGUUAUGAACCUAAAGUGGCUGCAUGUGGAGGAUGUGACCCUGGUGGCAGCCUGUGCGCCUCCGGGCGGCGCACGGAGUGAGCUCAGCCAACGCUUGCUCAAACACUUCUGCAUCUUCACCCUGCCUCAGCCCUCAACCAAGUCAAUGCAGCACAUCUUCCAGGUUAAAGUCGGCCAUCAUUUGGAGAGCCAUAACUUCAUGCCUGUUGUCCAGAACUGCAGGGAUCAGUUGGUAACCACUGCAAUUAGCAUGUAUUACAAAAUGUCUCAGCACAUGCUACCCACACCAAUCAAUCCCCAUUACACAUUCAACAUGCGAGAUCUGGCGAAGGUGAUCGACGGCCUACUCCGGGCUGAUGAAGCCGACAUUGUCUCCAAGAACAAGGCAAUGGUUCUGUUUGCCCACGAGGUGACCAGAGUUUUCCACGACCGGCUCAGUAACACGAAGGACAGACAGAUGUUUUAUACCUUCCUCUCAGAUGACCUCCACAACUACUUCAAGAGCAAGUUGAGCCCAGCCGAGCUGAUUGACAGCUGCUUCUUGUUUGGUGACUUCCUGGACCUGCAGGUGUCCAGCGAGAGCAGAGUGUACCGACGGAUCGCAGACGCGGCCAGACUGGAGUCAGUCUUGGAGCAGUACCACCUGAGCCGGAGCCAGGGGAACAUGACGGUCACUCAGCCCGUGUUCUUCAAGGAGGCGGUGGAGCACAUCGUCAGAGCUGUUCGGGUCUUCACCCAGCCCAGCGGGCACCUCAUGAUGGUUGGCUUGGACAGCACUGGCAAAGUAACCAACUCCUCACUGGCCUGUCACAUAGCAGACUGUGAGCUCGUCACACUCUCCAUUGGACACAAUUACAACCACAGUGAUUUCAGAGAGGACCUGAAAAGAGUCUUCAAGCAGACCGGUGCCCACAGAGUUAAGACCGUCCUCUUGCUGACAGAUUCUGACCUCCUCAAGGAUUCCUUCCUGGAGGAUCUGAACUGCAUGGUGAGCUCAGGCCAGGUGCCGGGUCUCUUCGACAGUGAGGAGCUGGACAGCAUCAUCAUGGAGCUGAAGGAACACGAGAGGGAAGGCAAUGUCCCCGACAACAAGGAGGCUCUAUACCGCUUCUUCCUGCAGUGUGUACACGACAGGUUGCACAUCGCGCUGGCUCUGAGCGCAGCCGGCUCAAUGUUCCGCCAGCGCUGUCGGAUGAACCCUUCCCUCGUCAACUGCUCCACCAUCGACUGGUACGACCGGUGGCCCAAGGAGGCUCAGCUCAAGGUGGCCAACACCUACUUCAGACAGGUGGAGUUCGAGGAGGUGUUGAAGGAGAAGGUGGCCAAGGUUUGUGUUGACAUUCACAACAGCGUUUCAGUAGCAUUGGAGCAAAUGUGGCAGCAGAUGAGGAGGCACUAUUACAUCACCCCCAGCAAGUACAUGGAGCUGAUACGCACAUUCUCCAAUUUGCUUACAACCAAGAAGAGGGACAUUCUGAACUCAAGAAACCGCUUUGCCAAUGGUCUGGAGAAACUAUCGGAGGCCAGUUCCCUGAUCGGGGUGAUGCAGGAAGAAUUGGUGCCACUUGGAGCACAGAUAGAGCAGAAAACCGAGGAAAUCGAACAGUUAAUGAAGAAACUUCGGGAGGACACUGAUGCGGUGGAAGAGGUUCGAGCUAUAGUUAAACAGGAAGAGGAGGUCAUGGCUGAGGAGACACGGGUCGUGCAGGAGUACGCCGAGCAGGCAACCAAUGAACUGAACAACGUUCUUCCCAUCCUGGGCCAGGCCAUCAGUGCACUUCAAGCCCUGGACAAGAGCGACAUUUCGGAGAUCAGGGUUUACAACAGUCCGCCCACCCUGGUGCUGACCGUGAUGAAUGCUGUGUGUGUGCUGCUGCAGAAACCACCUCAGUGGGCAACGGCUAAGUUACUGCUCGGUGACCCCUCCUUCCUGAAACAGCUGCUCAACCUGGACAAGGACACCAUACCUGAGAAGGUCUUCUUGAAGUUAAAGACAUAUUCGAAGCAGCCUGACUUCAACCCUGAGAGAGUGGGCAUGGUGUCGACCGCCUGCCGCUCCCUGUGCCAGUGGGUGCUGGCACUGGAACACUAUCACGAAGUCUGCAAGGCAGUGGAGCCGAAGCAGCAGAACGUGGUGGAUGCCCAGGAGGCUCUCUCGGUCGCCAGGAGCAAACUUCAAGAGAAGAACACGGCCCUGAAGCUGGUCAAGGACCACCAGCUGUCGCUACAGCAGGCCUUCAACGAAGCUGUGGAACAGAAGGAGGCCUUGGCUGCCCGCAAGCUGCAGACAACCCACAGACUGUCUCGGGCUUCAGUCCUCAUCACUGCCCUCAGCAAUGAGGAGACCCGCUGGAAGGAGUGCCUCGAUGGCUUGGACCACUACCUACAGGCAAUCGUGGGCGACACUCUGCUCUCGGCUGCUUGCAUCACCUACUACGGCCCAUUCACUGCUAACUACAGACAGAGUCUGCUGGAACAAUGGAAAGGCUUCUGUACUGAGAUCCAAAUCCCAAUCUCGCCCAACUACGCGCUGAUCCCAGCUACAACCAAAAAGAAUGAGGUUCGCGACUUGCAGAACAAGGGCCUGCCUCCUGACAGUUACUCGACGGAGAAUGCCAUCCUGGUGAAGAUGGGGGAACACUGGCCCCUACUCAUUGACCCGCAGGGACAGGCCGUCAGGUGGAUCAACAAGAUGGAAGGAGAGGACCUGUGCACCCUGCUGGCCACCCACCCCAAUUACAUGAGCACCAUGGUGACCGCCAUUCGCAUGGGGCAUCCAGUCCUACUGCAUGAUGUGACCGAGCAGCUGGAUCCCUUUCUGAGGCCGAUUCUCCUGCGGGACAUUUGUACUCGGGCGGGACAGGACUUCAUCAAGAUUGACAAUAGCGAGAUAGAGUACAACCCCAACUUCAGGCUGUACAUGACCACACGCAUGUCCAACCCAAACUUCCUGCCAGCCGUCUGCAUCCUGGUCACGCUGAUUAACUUCACAGCGACGUUCGAGGGGCUCCAGGAGCAGCUGCUGUCCAGGGUGGUGAAACGGCAGCACCCCGAGGUGGAGAAGCAGCUGGGGUGGCUGCUGCACACCACUGCCCGCGACCUGGCCACCCUGCGGCACCUGGAGAACAGGUCGCUCUCCUUGUUGCAGAAGUCCGAGGGACACAUCUUGGACGACCAGGACCUCAUUGACACCCUUCAGCAGUCAAAAGACAUGUCCACAGAGAUAAAACUUCGCAUUGAAGCCUCGGAGGAGAAUGAGAAGAAAAUCACGGCAGCUCGCCAGAAGUACCUGCCCAUGGCAACACGAGGUUCCAUUUUGUACUUUGUGGUUGACGAGUUGUCGCAGCUGAACUGCAUGUAUCGCUUCUCUCUGCACUGGUUCAUGAAGAUAUUCACCGAGUCUGUGAACAACAUUCACAAGCCACACACAAGGACGCCGCUGUCGAGCUCGAGACAAACUGCUUCUUUGCAACAGUCAACCAGUGGGUUCAGAAGUUCUACCAGUGCACCGCUGCACACCGGCUUCAAUUCCUUCCUCCAGGACAUGAUGAAAACACUUACUGAGAACGUUUACAAGCUGGUCUGGUUUGCCAUCUUCACCAAUCACCAGCUCUGCUUCUCCUUCAUGCUGUGCACCAGCAUCAUGCGGAUGAACAGGACAGGGGAGCAUGACCAUGGCUCCAUGGGAAACCUUCCGGAAGCCGAGUGGCAGAUCUUCCUCCAUUCAGAAGUGCUUGUAAAUGUAGACCACAGGGAGAGAUCCCAGGACUUACAAGGGCUGGAAGAGGACAAGUGGUUUGAGCAAGGUCCUAAUGCUGGCUGGAUACCUGAAGCCACCUGGAGCCAGUGCCUGUACGUUAACACUCGGCUGAGCCCCUUUGCGCUGCUCUGCAGAUCCCUCAACACCCAGCCUCAGCAGUGGGACAGCUUCCGUCAGGCUGAGGAACUCCACCGCUUCCUGAGAACUCCUUUCCGCAAGCAGCGGCCGCUCUCAGAGCAAGGCUUGAGUUCACAAGGAAUUCGCAGUGGAUCACACCAUGCGCACUCUGAACCAGAGGACACAGUCUUCCCUUGGGAACUCCUGAGUGCUUUCCAGAGGCUGAUAUUGAUAAAGAUCCUGAGGCCGGAGUGUUUGACGGCUGCCAUGAGCGGGUUUGUCGAGGAGAAGCUGGGCCCCGACUUCCUGCCAAGCCCAGCUGUCUACCUCAGGGACGCGUUUGACGAAACCGAUGCCUCCACCCCCCUCAUCUUUCUUCUGUCAGCAGGCACAGACCCCAUCACCCAGGUGCUAAGGUUGGCCAAGGAGCUGCGGGGGAGUACAGCCCACCUGGACGUGGUGUCCCUGGGCCAGGGGCAGGGGCUGGUUGCUGAAGAGCUGAUCCACAAGGCUCAGGCCCAAAAGGGGCGCUGGGUCUUCCUGCAGAACUGCCACCUGGCUGCCUCCUUCAUGCCGACUCUGCAGGCUGUUGUGGAAUCUUUCAAACAACCAGGUGUGAAUCUGGACCCCGACUUCAGGCUCUUCUUGAGUUCCAAAUCGGACCAGACAUUUCCCAUCUCCAUUCUCCAGGAUGGGAUGAAGGUCAUGGUGGAGCCACCAAAAGGGCUCAAAAACAAACUGCUGACGGCCUUUGGCAGCAGCAGCUUGGGGGAGGUCACGGAGCGGAUCUACCGGAGGGAGGACUCAGAGCUGGGCUGGAGGAGGCUGCUCUUCAGCCUCUUCCUCUUCAAUGCCGUGAUCCAGGAGAGGAACAAGUACGGUGCACUGGGCUGGAACCUCCCAUACGAAUUCACCUCUUCUGACUUGGAGGUGGCCAUCCUGAAUCUGGAGAUCCUCCUGCAAGACGAAGCAGUGAUCCCGUGGACAGCCCUGCUCUACCUGACCGGGGAGGUGGUGUACGGAGGCCGUGUCACCGACCAGUGGGACCGGCGGUGCCUCAGCAGCAUGUUGAGCAGGUUCUACAGACCAGGCAUCCUGCAGCAAGGCUUCAGCUUCUCCACCGACGGGGUUUACACGAUGGUCACAGAGAAGAUGAGCCUGCUGCAGUGUAUAAAGUACGUGGAAUCUCUGCCCAGCACCGACCCUCCGGAUAUCUUCGGCAUGCACACCAACGCAGAGAGGGCUUAUCUAGAGAGCCAGGGCAAGGACUUCAUGGCCACCAUCAAGAGCAUUGAACCCAGGCUCAGCAGCGGGGUGCAGACUAUCAGAGAGCAGCGCAGCCAGGAUGAAAUAGUGCUGGAGAAGGCGGAAGGAAUCCUCAGGAAGCUGCCCAGAACGGUGGAGGGCAUUCACGGAUCGGAGGGCAACACGACAGACCUGGCCCACUUGUUGGCGUCCCCCAGCUGGGCAUCGCACGUGGCAUCUGUCAAAGGAUUCGAUUGCUUGGCAAACUCGGCAUUGCUGACGGUGUUGCGGCAUGAGAUCGAUUGCUUCAACCAGCUGCUGCGGGUGGUCAGUUCCUCCUUGCGCUCCCUGUGCCAUGGGGUGAAGGGGCAGAUCAUCUUGACCGAAAUGCUGGAGGAGAUGUAUAACUCCUUCCUCAGCCUGAGGAUGCCCAGACUUUGGCAGCUCCAUUCAUACGAAUCAUGCAAGCCCCUUGGGUCGUGGAUCGAUGACCUCAUUGAUCGUGUGAACUUCUUCAGGAGCUGGUCAGUGCAGUUUGUGGCAGGUGCUCAGCAGAGGAUUGCAGCUGUUCAGGAGAAACCUGCGUCCCAGCGAAACGUAACCCAGCAGAUCUGUAACAUCGACCCAUCGGCCUUCUGGCUUUCAGCAUUCUUCUGUCCGCAGGGAUUCCUGACGGCUCUGUUACAGAACCAUGCCCGGAAACAUGGGGUGUCCGUGGAUUCCGUCACCUUCCGCUUCCACAUCCUGCCCUUCAGUGAGGACACUGAGGACUACCCCAACCCCACGAAGCACAGAUCCAAUCCCUGGACAAACGACUGGAAGGGUGGAGUGGCUCCAGACGAUGGGGCCGUGCUGUUCGGUUUUUACUUGGACGGUGCGUGCUGGGACCCCCACGCAGAGACACUGGCGGACUCCAGUGUGGGUCAGAGGUUCUGCAGAGCUCCCCCAGUGCACUUCCUGCCUGUCAAGGUGAGCACUUCCUCGCCCUCAUCUGCCGGCCAGACACACCGUGGUGGUCCGUCGUACCAUCCAGCACACUUCAGCCCGACGCUGCUGAUUUACGGUCACCCGGUGUGGCGUGGGGCGGGUCACGCAGGGGAUCUCCUAGUCGGUCUUCUGCUGGGCCUGGCCAAGCAGGCCAUCCAUGCGUCCCGGUGGCGAGCGGCCGAGGGUUCCGGCCAGUCCGCCUGCCUGCCCGUCUUCCGGGCUUACAUGUGCACACGGGUGUCCUUGGAGAGGGAGCACGCGAUUGACAACCAAGAGGGAUGGUCCGGUCUGGUGGAGAGUCCUGUGACAGGGGAGCAGCAUUACGAGUGUCCCCUGUACAGGACCUCUCGGCGGGCAGGCUCCCUCUCCACCACCGGACUCUCCUCCAACUUUGUCAUUGCUGUCAGUCUUCCCACCGCCCUGCCUGCCAGUCACUGGGUGCUGCGGGGAGUGGCCCUUCUGUGCCAGCUGGACAACUGA